ACUGUUCAUUUUUCAAGAAGGGGAAAGCUUUAAAACACACACUCUCUUAUAACACAAUGGCACAAUUUCUUUACAUUGCAAUAGAUUUUGGAACAUCAUACAGUGGAUAUGCCUUCAGCUUUAAGACUGAUAAACAUCUAGAACAAAUUAGACUUCCUUCCUGGGGUAUGAAUCAAAGUCAAAAAACUUUUAAAACCCCCACCUGCAUUUUGUUUGAUGAAGAACAGAACUUCCAGAAGUUUGGUUAUGAUGCUAUGAAAACAUACACACAGUUGAUGAAAAAAGAAACAGCAAAGAAACACUAUCUAUUUGAACACUUCAAAAUGGAGCUGUAUAAUAAAAAAAUCCACAGAGGUUUGAUGAUUACAGCAUCAAAUGGGAAAAGAAUGGAGGCUAUAAAGGUUUUCUCUGAGAGUCUGCGAUACCUAAAGGAUCAUGCACUGGACAAAAUUGAACAAAACACUCAAGGACGAAAGUUCAUUGCAUCUGAUGUGACGUGGGUGUUAACAGUUCCUGCUAUCUGGCAUGCGGCAGCUAAACAAUUCAUGAGAGAAGCAGCUGUUGAGGCUGGUCUUGUGACGGAUUCUACACCUGAAAGACUCAUCUUUGCUCUGGAACCAGAGGCUGCGUCUGUGUUCUGUAAGCAGCUACCAAGUGAUCGAUUCAUAGCAGAAGGAGAGUAUGAAGAAAAAUUGGAACAGCAACCAGGAAGCCGGUACAUGGUUGUAGAUUGUGGAGGUGGUACUAUUGAUAUAACAGUCCACGAGGUGCUGGAUGACGGCAAAUUAAAGGAGCUGCACGCUGCAUCAGGAAAUGACAUGGGUGGACAGUCAGUAGACAAGAAUAUUAUGUCUUUUCUAAAAGACGUUUUCUCAGAGGACAUUUUUGAAAAAUUUAUGAGAGAACACCCAAGUGAAGCACUUAGACUGAAGUAUGACAUUGCACUUAUAAAAUGUUGUGAUGAUGUUGUGAGGCUUUCGUGUCCUUACAGCUUACAAGAUCUUGCUAAAGGCAUACAGAGCACAGAAAGUUAUUUUGAGGAUGUUGAGGGAGCGGUGUGGGAUGAUGGUGGAAUAUUCAUUGAACAAGAAAAGCUUAAAAGCUUCUUUGAUACCAGCUUCAGUGCUAUAGAAAGCACAAUUAAUCAGAUCCUUAAAAACACAGAGCUGAAGAUUGAGUACAUGUUGUUGGUGGGAGGCUAUGCUGAAUGUCCAUUUCUGAGGAAUUUCAUGAAGGAGCAAUUUGGCAGCGUUUGCAAAAUACUUUGCCCUGAACAACCUCAGGCAGUAAUUUUAAAGGGAGCGAUCCUGUAUGGAAAAACACCUUCUGUGGUUAAAUCCCGUAUUAGUGCUCUCACAUAUGGGUUUAAAACAAGUCGAUUAUUUGAUGAAACCAAACACAGGGGCAAAAACAAAUAUGAAAACACAGAAGGAAAAAUGUACUGUAGAGUCUGCUUUGACCAGCUUGUCAGCAGAGGAGAGUCAUUUAAAUGUGAUGAAGUCCGUACUUUCGUAACAUGCCCAUUAAAUCCACUGCAAACAUCAAUAAAAUUUACAUUUUACAGCUCUGAAAAACAAGAAGUGAAGUUUACAGAUGAGCCGAUGGUAGAAGAGAUUGGUUCUUUAUUAGUUAACAUGCCUAACACUGACAAAGGCAAACAACGAAAGGUCAGGUUGGAGAUCAAAUUUGGCUCCACUGAAAUGCAGGCAACUGCUACUGAUUUAGAAUCAGGUGAAACAAGAACAACCAAACUGGACUUCAUGAGCAAGCAGUAAUUUUUAUUCAAAUUCAUAAAUAUGUGCCUGAAUAUUGUAAAAACCAACAACAACAAAAUCCUCAUAUUGGCACAAUAAAUUAUAUAAUCAUAAUAUUCUGUAGUGUGCAAGCACAACCUUACAGGUUAAGUAUUAUUUGAUUAAAAUCAAAAUAUCCAGUUAGGGCCUAGUCUCCCUAAAUUCUUUUAUAUGUCAAUUAAUUAAUAUAAUAUAAUAUAAUAAUUACUGUAUGAGCACAAUAAUGCCAUAUUAACUUAUUUUAAUUACUCUGAUAAUUCCUACAAAUGUGGUGUACGACUAUACCAGAAUAUUAUCUAGUUGAACAAAGCCAAUUAACAAAAUAUAACAUAUAACAAUUUUUAGCAAUAUUUAUGUUUUUGUUUUAAGACAUUACAACUAAAACAAAGAAAAUAAAUAAAAAACAAGCAAAUUAAUUUCAGUUUCUCUAAAAAAACAAACAAAAAAACUAGUUAUGUGUGUAUUAACUAAUUUUAUUUUUUUUUAUUUUCUGCAUGCAAUAUAUGCCUUCAAAGAGUUUGAAAACAGUAUGUAUUGAUUGUAUUGAUUAUAUACAAUCUAAGGUAAUGGGGUAAAAAAAAGGUGUGACAAUUGACUUUUGCUUAGAUUAUAAACAUAUUUAAAACAUAUAUGAACAUUAUAAAUUAUGUGCAUGCAAACUCAAGCUGAGUUAACGCUACAUAUUAUUAGCUCUUUUUGUCAGCGACAGUGUUGUGAUAAUCAGAUAAAAUGGUACUCCUUCAUGCAUUAUGUAAAAAGGGACAGCAACACCUGUAUUGUUUAACAAAGUUAAAACUAUUCAAUAUAUAGUAUACAUCUUGUCUUACCUUAUGAAUAGAAUAGUUACUCUUAAUGAGAGGAUCAUAGGUUAACAACAAAGAAGUUUGUAAUUUUUGUUAUUUUUAAUUACAGUCCUUUCAGGUUCUGUGUGAGGUGACAAAUGACACACACAAAGUUUGUUGAUAUUGUUGAAGGAUGCUUAGUUAUGUUUUUAUGUUUAUUCAUUCAUUUGUAAUUAUUUAUAAUCACUUAACAAUGGAUUUUUUAUCGUUUGAUUAUUUUGAUCAUAUAUUCAUAUGAAGCAUUUUUACUGUUUAUUCAUUCAUUGUGCUUCUAUAUUUUGUAUUUCUUAUUAAUUUUUUCUUGCUUAUGUAUUUUCAUUGUUGUUCAGUCUCUGCUUGUGUCAAAGCUUGUGGUGUUUCAUGAAAUGUUUUGUCUGAUAGAUAAAGGGAAAUUUAUGGAAGGCCAAAGUUUAUGGGAUGUUGCUGUGAAGCUAUAACUAUGUUAUAUAUGUUAUAUCGAAUUUGUGCUUGUUAGACGAAGAGUGAACUAAGAUUGUUCAAUAAAUUCUGUUACUAUUUACUAUCAUCA